AUUUCAUGGCUUCUUCCUUGUGCAUCUUUUCUUCUCCAUCAAGCCACACUAACUGAAGAAAAAUCCCUACAAUUCUUCUCAUCGCCUACAAGCUCAAUCAGUAAUGGGAAAAACCUAUGCAGCAGGGCUAUUUGCAGCCCUAGCUUCUGCCAAAUUUGGUACAGAAACUGCUUAUGCCGAUGGUAGUUUCAAUUUCUCUCCGUUUUCCACUUCUUCUUCUACUAAUGCCGCACCGAGUGCUCCUGCUGAUGUUCCUAAGCCACCUCAGCCGACAGCGGAAGCUCCUGAAAAGCCAAAGGUUCGAAAUGAUAAUCCCAGGACUACUUCAGCUGGUUUUGAUCCGGAGGCAUUGGAGAGAGGGGCCAAGGCGUUGAGGGAGAUUAAUAGUUCCAAAAGUGCCAAACAGGUUUUUGAUGUGAUUAAAAAGCAAGAAGAGACGAGGCAAGCAGAGUUAACUGCAAAAAUGCAAGAGUUUAAAGCAUUGCAAGCUCAAGCUGAGAUGGAGAGACAAAGGGUUGUAUACGAUGAACAGAAGAAACUAGCUCAGCAACAGGCACAAAUCAAGUCACAGAUGGCUCGAUAUGAAGAUGAAUUAGCAAGGAAAAGGAUGCAGGCAUGUAAAGGUCUUCUUAAUGUCAUGGUUAAAUUGGUAUUGCAUUAACUGAUAAAGCUGACUUCUCCUUGCAUUCUGCAGGCAGAAAAUGAGCAUCAAAGAGCUAGAAAUCAGGAGUUGGUAAAAAUGCAAGAGGAAUCAGGUAUGAGACAAGAGGCUGCUAGACGAGCAACAGAAGAACAAAUCCAAGCGCAGCGCCGACAGACAGAGAGAGAAAAGGCAGAGAUAGAACGUGAAACUAUUAGAGUGAGAGCUAUGGCAGAAGCCGAGGGGAGAGCGCAUGAAGCAAAGCUGGCUGAGGAUGUUAACAGAAGAAUACUAGUGGACCGUGCAAAUGCUGAAAGGGAGAAAUGGAUUGCCGCGAUUAAUACGACUUUUGAGCACAUUGGAGGUGGUUUCCGGGCAAUACUAACGGAUCAAAAUAAGCUUGUUGUGGCUGUUGGUGGUGUGACAGCUCUCGCGGCUGGAAUAUACACAACAAGGGAAGGUGCAAGAGUUGUUUGGAGUUAUGUGGACAGAAUAUUGGGACAGCCAUCUUUGAUCAGAGAGUCAUCUAGAGGUAAAUAUCCCUGGUCGGGCUUCUUCUCACGAGCCAUGAGUUCUCUCAAAGGUGCUAAUGGAGGUUCCGCAACCAAAUCUGAGAAAGGGUUCGGUGAUGUCAUUCUACAUCCAUCUCUUGAAAAAAGGAUUCAGCAGUUAGCCAAUGCCACUGCUAAUACCAAAGCUCAUCAAGCUCCAUUUCGCAACAUGCUCUUUUAUGGCCCUCCAGGAACAGGGAAGACAAUGGUUGCUAGAGAGCUUGCUCGCAGAUCGGGACUUGACUACGCAUUGAUGACGGGUGGUGACGUUGCUCCGUUGGGAUCACAGGCUGUCACCAAAAUACAUCAAUUAUUUGACUGGUCCAAAAAGUCCAAAAAGGGUUUAUUACUUUUUAUUGACGAAGCAGAUGCAUUUUUGUGCGAGCGAAAUAAAACCUACAUGAGUGAAGCUCAGAGGAGUGCCCUCAAUGCACUCCUUUUCCGCACUGGUGAUCAGUCAAAAGAUAUAGUCCUUGCCUUAGCUACUAAUCGGCCUGGUGAUCUUGAUUCAGCUGUUGCUGAUCGUAUUGAUGAAGUCAUUGAAUUCCCUUUGCCUGGUGAGGAUGAGCGCUUCAAGCUGAUCAAACUGUAUCUGGAGAAAUAUAUAUCUCAAGCUGGGGAAAGGAAACCUGGCUUGUUCUCUAACUUAUUCAAGAAACAGCAGCAAAAAAUAGAGAUAAAAGGUUUGACAGAUGAUAUUCUGAGAGAAGCCGCAGCCAGGACGGAGGGAUUUUCAGGCAGAGAGGUCGCAAAAAUGAUGGCUGGCGUUCAAGCUGCUGUAUAUGGGACUGAGGACUGUGUAUUAGAUGCUAACUUGUUUCGUGAAGUGGUAGAUUACAAAGUUGCAGAACAUCAGCAGAGGAGGAAAUUAGCUGCAGCUGAGGGUGACAAGUGAUGAAGUUUUUUCCUUUAGAUGAUUUUUGUCAAAGAAGUUGAUCAAGGGUGCGGUGCCUUCUCAGAAAAUUAUUACUGACAUUCAAAGAAUGGUUUUUAUUCUUUUCUCAA